AUGAUUAUGAUUACACUAAACAAUGUCCUCACUUUAAAAUUAAAUCACAACACAUUCCAAGUUAUUGAGGCACUAGAAUACUGUGAUCGGGUAUUCCCUGAGAUCCCGGAUGGUCAAAUCUUUCCUGUUGACGUCACAUAUGACUCUCAUUCCCGCGGAGACCCCUCACCACCCCUACCCCACCACCCUACCCCUCACCACUGUUCGACAGAUGUGGUCAUCCGCCCACCACAACACCUGCUGCCUCACCUGUCUUUCAUCUACUCCCAGGUGGUGGCGUGUGUGGUGGAGACACAGAAGGACAAACAAACUGGCUGUACAGAGGAGACGCUCUUCGCCCAGUUGAAGGCUCUGGCCGCCGCCAUUACUGACUGGUCCCGCGUUGUUCUGGCAUUUGAGGCUCUCUGGGCCAGCGGCACUGGUGUACUGGCCACCCCCGCCGAGGUGCAGGAAGUGUUGGCCAAGCUGCGGCAGUGGCUGCGGCAAAAUGUGUCCAAUACAGUGGCCAACACGACCCGCAUCAUCUACGCGGGGUCUGUGUCCUCCACCAACUGUCAGGAGCUGGCCACACUGAAGGACCUGGACGGGUUCUUGGUGGGCAGCGCCGCCCUCAAGCCAGACAUCGUCCAUAUCAUCAACGCUCGAACUACUCACGUCUCCAGGCUUAACCUCACUCCUCAUAAAGACGCCUCGUUACCGUUAAUUAAAAUUGUUCCCCUGAAUCCCGUGAACACAUGCCGCUCUACACAGUCGACAGAGACUACAAGGAUGAGGAACAUGACAGGAGCACUAUGGGCGACUCAAGUCCAGCUUAUGGCCACUACACGACGCAUACAACACCUCAGACAGCAACACUUUCAAAAUAAAUCACUACCACUAAGGCGAUGUCCUAAGAGGUCUAUAUAAAUGAAAAGAGUGUCUAUACUGAUCUCUUUACCUACACAGAAGAAAUGCCUGUCUUUUCCCAUCUACAGUACAGUACAUGUAUUUUUAUCUAUCCCUGUCGGCGAUGCUUAAAACAUAUCUAGAAGUCUUUAGUACCUUUGUCAAUAUGCCCAAAGAUGUAUUAAGAAAAGGUCUAUCUGUAUUUUUUUGGCUCAUGAACCAAGUCAAUUACAAAAUGAAUAAACCA